AUGCGUUGUACAAUCAGUCUGUUAGCGGCAAUUGGCGCUGCCCUCCUAUCCUUUACCGCGUCUGCGACUCUUAUGUCCCCGGAGCAAGUGGCAGUUCGAGAUGGCCCCGAGACGCGACAACUCCCGGCCUCGAGCUACUUCAACCUCGAAGCGCCAUCGCACGACCUCUUCCGCAACAAGGCUCUCCAAGACGGCACCCUGAAAAACGCAUCACCCGAAAAAGAGGGCGACCUGGCCAUCACGCAGCUCGACUUUACGGGCAAGAAGCUGGGAUACAUGUACCUCAAAGGCUUUAGCCACGGCGUCGGCGCAGACACAUAUCUCUGGACCGAGGCCGACGUCAACCCAGACAGCAGGUACGGCCUCAAGCUCGCGCGGUUUAAAUUCCAGACCGGCAAAACCAUCACCCCUGCUUCCGCUGGUGUCAAGACGUUCAAGCCCUUUGCCAACGGGUCAUCAUUCACCUGUGUUAUCAACCCGUCUGAUGAUACGCUCAUUGUCCGCUACCAGCUCAACGGGGCAAAACACAUUGCUGCGUUUCCGCUGUCAAGCGCUGCCAAGGGCGACUUCUCCAAGCCGCUGUAUCUGUACGUGCUUACGGGAACGUCGUACGAAAAGAGUGGUGGCAAGGUCAACUCGGAGUUUACGAGCGUGGACAUGAACACGGCCAAGAUUCAACAGGGUCCUCUUUUGGCCAAGGCUGGAGAACCGCUGUCGUUUCGCGAGCCGGAGGGCAUGGCGGUUUAUAUGACGGCGUCUGGGGAGCCUAGGCUAUUUCUGGGCUUUGCAUCCGGGACCGAGGCUGGACAGCGCUGGUCAAAUUUAUUCUAUAAGAAUGAGCUUGUGAAAUACUGA